AUGUUCCCAUAUAAAGUAGACGCCGACGCAGUCAAUGCGCGUCUAAACCAAAUAGCUGGCGCUUAUCAGCUUCCUAACGCUUUACAGGAGUCCAAUGCCGUUCUUACUGCCGAAUAUACCCUUGAUAACUACAGAAACUCCAUCUUUUCCUCUUCUGCGAACCUGAGCGAGUCUCCGUCGUCGAUGGACUACUCGAGUCAACCGACUCUUCUGGUUGGCCAGGGGAUCACGGCCAAUGACGGAAUUUUGCUGAACUCGAUCAACAAGGUUCCUUCGUACCACCUGUCUUCCAAAACGGACGACGUUGAACACCAUACAACAAAGACAAAACAUAUUCUUAGUGGACUUGGAACCUCGGACUCGGUGUCGACUCUGGGGAUCCAUAACAUCGGGUCGUCGUCGCUGAACAACAAACUGGUCCGCUUGCCCUUGAAAGGAGAAAACACAGACAACAAACAAUGGUCUUUGGUGAACGGAUUGCCCUACUACGAUAAAGAGACGAUCGACAAAGAGAUUCGGUAUUUGAACCAACGCAAAGCCCGCUCUUCCGCUUCGGGAACACAGUUUUCUGCAGAAAUGAACGAAACCAUAGACGACGUUGAGUAUCUCCACGGAGCAGUGAUACUGAACCAGUAUUUGAAUAAUAAACGGUUGGUUAGAAAUUAUCAGUGGUUGAUGUACUAUAAGGAAAAGAGAGGAGGCCACAAGCUGGGAGACGCCAUCAAGUCGAACGACAGCAUCAAAUUCCAGUCUGUUCAACGAUUCCAGAAAUCGAUGGAGCGCAAGAUGAGACUUCAAAUGGAACGCAGAAGAAGAGAACUGGAAGGUAUGCCACAGCUGUCCGAGGAAGAGCUAAAGAACAAUGAAGAAGAAGAAGAAGACGAUAUUGAGGUGGAAGGUCCACGGUUCCAAUCAAUUGACAUUCCGGUGAAUCUCACCAAAGAACUGAUUAUAGAGAAGGUGUUACCAAUCGACGAGAAAGAACUCAUCCAGGCUCAAGAUAGACUAUAUGGUAUUCAAAAUUCCUAUCAAAUGCUACAAGAUGCCAAACAAACAGACGGGAUUAUUCAUUCAAAGCUGCUCCGGCUGAGAAGAAAACCCAACCCCAAUGCUCUUGGGUAUUCCAACAUCCGGUCUAAAAAACCACCGUACGCCUAA